AUGGUGAAGAAAAGACCACAAGGCAUCGUAUUGCCAAUCGACACAAAGUUGUCAAAGUCAGUGUUCGCAGAUUGUAAAUAUGUGUUUGUUGUGGACUUGCAAAGUUAUACUGGACUCGCUUGUAAUGAGUUGCUACAUCAGUUGCUGUUUGGAACAAUUGCUGAUGAGAAGGAGACGGUUGUGGUAGUUGUGAUGAAGGCAAAGUUUGCUCCGCGCUGUCAAUGUGGCAUCGGUGAACGCAAGGUCGACUACUCAUACCACAAGCACAGGUUUGUCAAGGAGGGCGAUGGCAGGAUAGUGCUGCAGCUCAAGCCAGCCGAAGGCUCCAAACGGUACCGCGACGAGCUGAUCCACUAUCUAAUCUCAAUCGUACCCGAUCGUGUCUAUGUUCACUCUGAAGACUAUAUCGAUGCCAGCUGCAAGGUGUUCUCUCUGAUCACUCCCCAGGAAGAGACAAUGCCACUCUUUAAUUGCUUUGACAUUGGAAUGCGAUUCGACUCACAUCAAAUGCAGCAGGAGGAACAUCUGGCGAAUGGUGGUGGAGAGGGCGGUGCCGAUGGCAGCAUCAGUCGCACCUCCCCCGUGCUGACCAGCACCAGCGCCAGGAGGAUGGGCACUCCAUCCAAGUCCACGCCUUCCAAGGCGUCUACAUUCGGCUCAGCGACCAAGAAGCUGAAGCCAAAGAAACAACAAGAUGAUGGUGGCGCUGGACGCCCUGGCACAGAGCAGGAUGUUGGCAAGGUUACCAAGAAUGUGGAGCAAUGGCUGGAGCGAAGACAUAAGAAUCCCAACGAUCGAACGAACCUCCCCAAGACGCGCAAGGCCUUGUUGAGUGCCAUCUCUCCAUUCUGUACAUUGUCUAAACCAUCGGAUAUCAGACCGAUCUUAUCGACGCUGGCCGACGCAGGCGAUCUCAUCCUGUGUGUGGUUUGCCAGUCGGCGCGUCCAUCAGCGCCCAACUCAUCCUCGUUCUACUUCACGCACAAGAAGAUCGAUGCCGACCUCAUCAAGCACUGCCACACGAUGAUGACCAUCAUCAACAUGCAGUACACCAACAAUAAGGAGCAGGCCGUGUCACUGACCGCCAUAUCCAAGGGCUCUUUCAAAGAGCGAGUCGUGGUCGAUGCCAGUCUCGUCGUCGACAGGUUGGUCGCCAAUGGGACCAUCGCCCUGGUGCAGAGCGAGUGUGAUGGUGGGAACGACAGGGACAGCUUCUCAAACUCGUACGGCUCGUUCAUGGGAGACAAGCAUGCCGCCAACGAUCAAGCUGUCAUAUAUAAGCAGUACCAGGACAGCGCCGAUGUAGAUCUAGACAAUCUGUUGUCGAUGCUUAACGCCAGCAGGGAGUAUACUCUUCCUCCUCCUCCUCCAACCAUGUCCACAGAGCCAUUCCUCAUGGGCUGGACAAUGGAUAUUCAACCAACUCCUUUGCCACCACCACCUCCACCACCUCCUUUCCAAACACUUCCAGCCUCGCCAGCUUCGCCACCUCGAACACUUCCAGCUGCGCCAGCUUCCCCACCAACUGGCAAGUAUACCUCAAAGUACUACGCCAACAAGCCAGCCAAGGACUACAGCUUCUUUUAA